CACUGGGUGAGUUGCGGCCUUGCGGGAAGGGCGGUCGUGAGUCUGCCGCUAGAGUCUGACGAGAAGACGAAUUCGCAGGCAGGCAGCAACGCUGUUUAGCUGUCAAAAAUAAAUUGCAAUUUUUUAUUCAACCUCCUCAUCCUCUAAAUGGCCGAUUUUUUAAAGUCAGCUGCUAACUAUUUUACAGCAAGUAACAAUGGCGCUUCUGAGAAUCCUCUCAUUGGAGCUAUGGUCAAUGUCAAUUCGGUGCAGCUUCGGAUAAAACGUCAAAUUGGAGAAGGUGGAUAUGCUUUUGUUUUUAUUGCCCAAGAUGUACAGAGCAAUCAAGAUUACGCUUUGAAAAGACUCAUUGCAGCUGAUACCGAUGCUGUCAAAAGCAUUAUACAGGAAGUAGCAUUUUUGAAAAAACUAGCUGGUCAUCCUCAUGUGAUCAAUUUUAUUUCUGCCUGCUGUAAUGAUAGAGGAGGAGGUUCAAAAGAAUAUUUAGUGGUCACUGAACUUUGUUCAGGAGGAGCCUUGUUUGAUGCAUUGAGAGUACAAAACUCUCCAUUAACACCAGAAGAAGUUAGUUCAGUAUUUUGGCAAACAUGUAAAGCUGUUCAAGCCCUUCACACCCUGGAACAACCUAUAAUCCAUAGAGAUCUUAAAAUUGAAAAUUUGCUCCUCACUGCUGAUGGUGUUAUCAAAUUGUGUGACUUUGGGAGUGCUACAACCCAGCAACAUUUUCCUGGCCCUGAUUGGACGGCAUCUCAACGGGGUUUGCUUGAAGAAGAGAUGGCUAAACAUACUACACCAGUAUACCGUGCUCCUGAGAUGAUUGAUACUUGGAGCAAUUAUCCUAUCACGACCGCGGCAGACAUAUGGGCUUUAGGAUGCGUACUUUAUGUUCUAUGCUAUCAGACGCACCCUUUUGAAGAUGGAGCCAAAUUACGAAUCAUUAAUGGCAACUUUUCGUUGCCUAGCAAUGACGGUCGAUACGACAUCUUCCAUGACAUUAUCCGUGGAAUGCUAAAAGUUGAUCCACGUGCACGGUUAACUAUAAGUGAGGUACUUGAUCGUCUAGCAGCCAUUGGAGAAACGCGAGGAUACCAAAUGAAAUGUGGACUUAAGGUGAAUUUGCCCAGUCAAUCAGCCAUGCCACCGCCUUCUGCCCGCCCAAGUGCAUCUGUCGUUACCCAGUCAUCACCUCAGCCACCUCGUCGACCUCCACCACCAAAUCCAUCAGCUAAUCAGCUACACCAUAUCGCAACUCACCCUGCCCCAUCUAUGCAUUCAACGACAUCUUCUCAACCUACGAUGGGAUUAUUAUCAUCCUUGAAAGGAGGAGCGGGGAGCCUUUUUAAAAACUUGAAGGAUACAUCGACUAAAGUCAUGCAAACAGUGCAGCAAAGCAUGGCACGGUCAGAGCUUGAUCUUAGCUACGUUACAUCGCGAUUGAUUGUUACCUCAUUUCCAGCUGAAGGAAUUGAGUCAGCCUAUCGUCACCACAUUGACGAUGUACGAAAUGCUCUAGACACUCGCCAUGGAUCUCACUAUGCAGUCUACAAUGUUUCAGGACGUUCGUAUGCAUCCACCAAGUUCAACAACUUGAUUUGUUGUGGUUGGCCCCAGCGACAAGCUCCUUCAUUGAGAACUUUAUAUGCUUUGUGUAAGAGCAUGUAUAAUUACCUUGACCGCGACACUAAAAAUGUCUGUGUUCUUCACUGCAUGGAUGGAAAGGCAUCAUCGGCAGUGGUUGUAGCAGCACUCUUUCUUUACACUCAGUUAUUUCGUUCUAUCGAAGAGGCCCUACAAAUGUUUGCCGUUAAACGGUAUCCUCCCGGUCUUAACGCUUCACAGUAUCGAUAUCUUAAUUACUAUAUGAGUCUGCUGGUUGAACCUCAUCCUAUACGGCCGCAUCACAAGCCUGUCACUCUAGCGACUUUGACUUUAAGCCCAGUCCCAAUUUUUACCAAAAAUCGGGAUGGAUGUCGCCCAUAUGUUGAGAUCUUCCAAGGUGAUCAGCGACUUCUCUCAACACUGACUGAGUAUGAACGCAUGCGUGUUUAUCACGUUUCAGAAAAUAAGGUUACGCUACAACUAAACACAACUGUGUGUGGCGACAUUACUGUUGUUGUGUACCAUGCUCGCAAUACGCUUGGAGGUGUCGUACAGGGCAGACCGGCCGGGUUAAAGAUCUGUCAAUUCCAAAUCCACACAGGUUUCAUUCACGAGGAAGAAACGACUUUGCGAUUGCCCCGAAACCAACUUGAUGAAGUUGCCAUUACUACUGAGGGAGGAGACCUUCAUGGUCCCAAUUUCAUGGCCUCGCUUAGCUUUUUUGUACUUGAUCAAGAACGUACUGUUCAACCCGAACCUUGGGGCGCAGGCGAUAACAGUGUCAAGAAUGCGAUGGUGCUAUUCACAUCCCGAGAAGAAAUCAACGAAGUUUUCGACACAUUUUGCGAUGCAACCGGUAAUAACGCAAACGAUGUAGAAACGGCCUGUAAAUCGGUUCCUGUAAGGGAUACUGAUCAGUAUGCAGCGGAAAAAAUAUAUACUCCCAUUGUUGCUUCGACAAGUCCCAUUCGACCUUCUUCUCCUGUUCAGGAAAUAAAUGUGGAUCUGCUGAAUUUGGGAUCUGAAUCAACAAGUUCAGUGUUGGUAUCUAAUCAUUCUUCUGGCGUUGAAGAAGGCGAGUUAUUGAACUUAUCCUCCCAGACCUUCAGCAAUCUUUUAGUCGGAAGUCAAGGUGGCGGUAAUGGCGAUUUUCUUCAAGAUUUACUUCAAACAUCUAAAGAGACUUUGCCUGCAACCUCAACUUUUGUUCCAUCGUCCACUCCAGCUAAUCCCUUCUUCACUUUGGAUCCUUUCGAUCCCUUAGUGGGAGCUCCUGCAGGCGUGACUGCAGCUCCCAAUAAUUUGAGUUCUUCCAACAGCAUUGGCAAUUUCGCCACUGUUCAGCAAUCUCAACCGUCUGACGAAUCUCUAAUGGGUAACUGGGAUUCAAUCCUUAAACAGACACUGACUAGUGGAUCUCGCCCUGUGACACUACCCAGUAUUCCUCGCAAUUCGAGCACUCCUAAUUUGGAAGCUAAAGCAAAGGACCCACUUGCUGAUUUUGGGAACUUGAUUGGGCUUGCUGGAACGGCAAAUUCCAAUGCGACUAGAACUCCAACGUGGGGGUCAUCUGUGAAACCCAUUCCGCCUAUGAAUAUCGGGUUGGCGAAUCCACCUACCGGCUUCUCGAAUUUCCCCACAGUGGCUGCUGGCACGUCUUUGACGAGUCCGUCAACUUCGUUAAGUGGAUCACCGCUUCAUAAGCCACCAACUAUGUGGUCGAAUACGAACACUAUACCACAACAGGCCAGUCGGUCAAACCCAGUCUCCAAUUCUUCCACAUCAACAAGUACUUCUAUGCAGCAGCCCGUCAAAACACCCGGCGAAGGGCAACCUGAUUACUCUAGAACAAACUUUGACUCUGUUUUUGGCCGUAGUGAUUAUACCAAAGGAGGUGGUGGCUUACCUAGACCUAAAGUUGCUGGCGAUAUGUUUGGGGAUUUGCUGGGAACCCAGGGGUUUGAUUUCAGUAGCACCAAAAAAGAUUCUGGUCCCAAAACAAUCAACGCUAUGCGCAAGGAAGAAUUGGCCAAAGAUAUAGAUCCAGAUAAAAUGAAGAUUAUGGAAUGGACAGAGGGAAAGCAGCGUAAUAUCAGGGCUUUACUCUGCUCGCUCCAUACCGUUCUCUGGGAAGGCACUAAAUGGCAAGACGUGGGGAUGCACCAGCUAGUGUCGCACACGGAUGUCAAGAAAAUGUAUCGUAAGGCUUGCUUGGCAGUGCAUCCAGACAAACAGUCUGGAACUGACAACGAGAAAAUAGCAAAAAUGAUUUUUAUGGAACUGAACGACGCCUGGUCUGAAUUUGAAAACGACGUAACACAGCAAAAUAUGUUUCGAUAACAGAUACAUUCCUCCAUUCUUCAUAGUUUACGAGCGUUGAUUGUUCUAUUUACGUGUUUAUAAUUGUCUAGCAUUGGGUUAACUCAUACGAAACGCCCAUGAUCUAGUCGUAACUCGGAAUCGAUGUCUCUCCCUACCGUCCCAAGAUUUCCUUUCAAAUUCAGCUACAAUAGCUUACAUCACGUUUUUAGAACUUUUCCUCAGCCGCUUUUCUUCUUUCUUUUCCUUCUCCGUGAUUUUAAUUGUUCUCUUUCUGUUUCUUCUACGGAGAAGUCGUCUCGUUUUCUCUAACGAAGGCGGUAAUCUCCGCCCGGCUUAAGUUUAAUAGCUACCGGUUUUCAAGAAGUAAUACACGUGUCUGCAUCAUUA